AUGCCAGACAAGACGCACUUCGAUCUCGAGACUCUUCUCCUCCUAGUCAUCGCAAUGCUCAAUCCCAUGAUCGCCGUCUUCAUGAUGAAAGGCUGCGGCAAGGAAUUCGUCAUCUGUACCCUUCUGUUUAUUCUCUGCCUCUUUCCAGCUUGGCUCUACACCUACUGGCUCAUUGCCGAUCGUCACAAGAGAAAGAAGUCUGGUGUGCUUAUUGUCGUUGGGGUGACUGGACAGUCUUCCGGGUCCAAUGUUGUUCAGCUGCAGAGGGCCAACACCGCACCUCCUCCAGUCGUCCAGACCAUCGAGUACAAGCCUCAGCCAGCACUUCCAGCACCUACACCUGCAUCUGCACCUCCACCCACGCCCGCAUCGCCAACCAAAGCUACAGAGGUGGUCAUGGUCACCAAAGCACCCGACUCACCACCCGCAGCUGCGCCUGCACCUGUUGUCGUUCCAGCACCUGGUCCAAGAUGA